AUGGGAGCAAAACCGACGGUCUCCAAAAGAGAUCGCAACGACUACGAGAAAAACCCGCACCCGAUUGUGUGUUACUUUGGCAGUUGGGCACACUACCACAAGAAUGAAACAUUUGAAAUUGAAGACAUUGACUACAAUUUAUGCACUCAUAUUAACUAUGGUUUUGCUAAAAUCGAUGAAUACAAUUACACAAUGCUAAUGUUUGAUCCCUGGCUGGAAGACCAUUUGGAGGAGUACAAGAGAUUCACAGACCUGAGGAAGAAGAACCCACACUUGACGACAAUGAUAUCGUUGGGCGGUUGGUAUGAGGGGUCAGAGAAGUACUCAGAUAUGGUUACCAACGUUCAAAUGAGACAGAGAUUUGUGAAGAGUGCGGUUGAUUUCCUGGUGAAAUACGACUUCGAUGGCCUGGACUUGGAUUGGGAACAUCCGGGCGCCAGAGGGGGUGCGGCGACUGAUAAAGAGAAUUACGUCAAACUAUUAGAGGAAUUGAAGGUAGCGUUUGAAUCGGAGGGAUAUCUCCUGACGGCCGCCUUAUCUCCCGGAAAGGGCACGAUUGACCAUGCUUUUGUUGUGCCAAAACUGAAUGAACUGCUCGAUUGGGCAAAUGUGAUGACAUACGACUACCAUGGUGGGUUUGACAACUAUUUGGGACACAACGCACCCAUAUUUCACAGACCAGAAGAGAAUGAAGAGUUGGAGAGAAGUCACCCGGGAAUGGAUUACACGCACUUCACUGUCGACUUUACUAUCAAUUACUUCCUAAGUCUGGGUCUGUCUAAGGAGAAGAUGAUAAUGGGAGUGCCCUUCUAUGGCAGAGGUUGGACUCUUAUGGACGCUCAACACAAUAAACUUCACGACGAAGCAAAGGGUAUGUCACCCGCGGGUUGGAUAGGGGGUGAGCCCGGAGUGUUGGGCUACGACGAGUUAUGCCAACUGUUUAAGAAAAAUGAAACCAGCGAUUGGCAGACAACGGGAGACCCCUAUUAUUUGGCUCCUUAUUCGUGGACUAAAAAGAUAUUUAUGGGACACGAAGACGUUAAGAGUAUUAAGUGCAAAAUCGCAUACUUAAAAAGCAAGAAAUUGAAGGGAGCGAUGGUUUGGGCGCUUGAAAACGACGACUUCAAGAACCGUUGCGGUGACGGAAAGUAUCCGUUGCUUAAUACCGUAUACUCUAUGCUUAACGGCAAAGACAGCGGAUCUAUGGAGUGUCCCUACGGAAACAUAUACCCGCCGACUCCCACACCCGAACCCACGACCACCACAACCACGACUACAACUACACAAAAACCUACGCCCAGUCCCGACACACCGACACCGGUGCCAAUCACAUCGACAACUCCCGGUGAUAUAGACCUAUUAUGUUCCCGCGAUGGAUAUAUGCCCGAUCGUGAGGAUAAACAUGACUACUAUCAGUGCGAGAAUAUCGGUCCCCAUGAAUGGAGACUUACAAAGAAGUCGUGCCCACUCGGCCCGUCUGGUGAACAACUGAUUUGGCACCAGGAGCUCAAACGAUUUUUGCUACUUUCGGCACUUGUGCUGAUAUUUGUGACCGGUCUCGACGCCGUCGCCAAAAGAGAUCACAACGACUACACAAAAAACCCGCACCCGAUUGUGUGCUACUUUGGCAGUUGGGCACACUACCAUAAGGCCGAACCAUUUGAAAUUGAAGACAUCGAUUACGAUUUAUGCACUCAUAUUAACUAUGGUUUCGCUAAAAUCGAUGAAUACAACUACACUUUGUUGAUGUUUGAUCCGUGGCUAGAGGAACAUUUUGAGGCGUACAAGAGAUUCAUUGACCUGAAGAAGAAGAACCCGAACUUAACGACAAUGAUAUCGUUGGGCGGUUGGUAUGAGGGGUCAGAGAAGUACUCAGAUAUGGUUACCAACUCUGAAAUGAGACAGAGAUUUGUCAAACUUGCGGUUGAAUUCUUAAUCAAAUACGACUUCGAUGGCCUGGACUUGGAUUGGGAACAUCCGGGCGCCAGAGGGGGUGCGGCGACUGACAAAGAAAAUUAUGUCAAACUAUUAGAGGAAUUGAAAGUAGCGUUUGAACCACAUGGAUUUCUCCUGACGGCCGCUUUAUCUCCAGGCAAAAGCACAAUUGACCAUGCUUUUGUUGUGCCAAAACUGAAUGAACUGCUCGAUUGGGCAAAUGUGAUGACAUACGACUACCAUGGUGGGUUUGAUAACUACUUGGGACACAACGCACCCAUAUAUCACAGACCGGAAGAGACUGAAGAGUUGGAGAGAAGUCAUCCGGGAAUGGAUUACACGCACUUCACUGUCGACUUUACUGUCAAUUACUUCCUAAGUCUGGGUCUAUCUAAGGAGAAGAUGAUAAUGGGAGUGCCCUUCUAUGGCAGAGGUUGGACUCUUAUGGACGCUCAACACAAUAAACUGCACGACGAGGCAAAGGGUAUGUCACCCGCGGGUUGGAUAGGGGGUGAGCCCGGAGUGUUGGGUUACGACGAGUUAUGCCAACUGUUUAAGAAAGAAGGUAGCGAUUGGCACACCACAGGAGACCCCUAUUAUUUGGCUCCGUAUUCGUGGACUAAUGACAUAUUUAUUGGACACGAAGAUGUUAAGAGUCUUAAAUGCAAAAUCGCAUACUUAAAGAGCAAGAAACUGAAGGGAGCGAUGGUUUGGGCGCUUGAAAACGACGACUUCAAGAACCGUUGCGGUGAAGGCAAGAAUCCAUUGCUUAAUACCGUGUACUCUAUGCUUAACGGCAAAGACGCCGGAUCUAUGGAGUGUCCCUACGGAGACGUUAUCCCCAGGACUCCCGCCCCGACCACACCUACACCUAAGCCCACAACACCCACACCCGCACCCACGACACCAACACCAGCGCCCACUCCCUCCCCAACUGAAGAUCCGGUAGACUUUUACUGUUCCCGAGACGGAUAUAUGGCCUAUGCUUUAGAUCACCACAAGUUCUAUCAGUGCGAGAAUAUCGGACCCCAUAAGUGGAGACUAACCCUUCAGCCCUGUCCGGGAGACAUGACAUGGGUUCAGGCCCACAAAAAGUGUGACGGACCCCCCGAUGUUUAUCAUCAGUAA